UUUUCAUGUUUUUAGAGCUGUCUUAAAAAUAUGUAUUCCAUUGUUUGUGCAACGUUGUUUAUUGCUGAUUAUAAUCAUUCAUUUUGCAGUCUCUUAAGUGAAUAAUGAAGUAAAAACGUAUAACGCAACUAGCAUUACUAAUAUUUACUUUACAAUUUGAUUUGUUAUUACUAACGUAUCGGUUUGUUUCAUUAAGUAUUUAUUUUAUUAUUUUAAUACAUCUCUACGCUGCAACUUGUAAAUGUGUACAAAUAUUUAUUUUAUUUUUAAACACAUCUCGAUCCCAUCGCCUGUACAUAAAACACGUGUUUGUUACCCUUGGAAAUAAAUACAAUUUAAAUUGCCAUGCAUUUUAUCGAUUAUGUUUACGUUUUUUAAUCGAUUUCAUGACAAUACGUUUCACUAAGAUAUUAUUUUUAUCUCCAAAGGGAAAUGUUCUUCAUUGCAGUUAACCCAGUCAAUAUGGUUGUAUAAUAAAGUUGUGACGUCAUGCUAUGGUUACGUUUUCCAACGAUUUGUUUCUAUGUCAAUAUUAACAUUGUUCUUUCCAUUAUGUUAAUGUUAUCAAAUGUGAUUAAAAUAAAUGUGUGUUUAUGUUUUUGUUCAGGUUGAAAUAUUACGACGAAAAUUGAAAAAAGAAAUUGACGAGGAAACAUCCGAUGACAUUAAGAAGAAGAUUCGUCGACUCACAUCAUCAACAACAUCCGAGGAUGAAGAUGGGGAAUAUGACAUGUCGCGGUUAAUAAACGAUCUUCAGAAUGCGUCUGAACGUGAAAAAGACCUUCAAAAUCAAUUGCAACUUGCCGAGGAAGAGGCAAAUUCCGUCCGUAAGACCAUCACCACACUCGAACUCGAUAAAGACGCUAUAGAAUUUGAACUCGAGCGCUUCAAGAUGCGCUUCGGAACGCUUGACGAACCAAAGCGUAUCGACAACGACAGAGGCGUGAGUACGGAGCGAGAGGCGGAAAUGCGCUUACAGCUCAUGGUUGCCGAGCAGGAAGCUACGGUAAUGAGGAAAAAAAUACUGGAACUUGAAACCAAAAAUGAAGAACUUGAAAAUAGCAAAGGAAAGGAAAAAG